AUGGGGUUGAGAUCUAAUGUCCCCAAGUUUCAUAGUGGAGGUGGUGGUGAAAUAGAUGGAGAUGAAUGUGGUAGUGGGGAUGAAGGUAGAGUUGGUGGUUGUGGUAGUGGUUGUGGUGGGGAUGGCAGUUGUGGAGGUGGUGGUGGUGGUGGCGAUGUCAGUGUGGUGGUGGCAGUGGUGGUAGUUGUGGAGGUGGUGAUGGAUGUGGAGGUUUUGGAGGAGGUGGUGGUUGUGGUGGUGGUAGUACUAAUGGUGGUGGUGAUGUGGAGGUUUUGGAGGAGGUGGUCGUGGCAGAGGAUGUGGUAG